AUGUCUGAAUCGCCGGCUGUCCCUUCGCCGGCGCCGGUUUCCGCGCCUGUCACGGCCACAGCUUCCGCUGCCGCCACGCCGACGCCUACUCCUUUCCCUGUGCCUGCUGUCCCUGCAGCUCCGGUUGCUGCACCCGCCCCAGCUCCGGUUGCCGUAUCCAGCCCAGCUCCUGCUCCGACCCCUCCAGCGACUGUGCCAGUGCCGGGCGCGCCGACAGCUGCUCCUGCACCUGCUUCAGUCCCUCAACCUGUGGUCGCUCAGGCGUCAUCGCCCGCUGUUGCCACGCCUUCCGGGCCCUCCCCUGCUGUGACCCCGAUCUCAACCGCUGUACCCACACCAGCCCAGGCCCCUAGUCCUGCCGCCGCAAGCCCGGCUCCGCAGACGCCGGCACUGUCGCAAGCGACCAUCACCCAGCUGGCCAUCUUCUACGCGUCGCAGCAUCAUCAGCAGGCGCUCGCUGCUUACAAUGCGAAGCCGACGGGCAAUCCGCCGCAGCCGAUGAGUCAUCAGCAGGCUCAGCAGCUGUUUCUCAGGCUGCCCCCUCAACAGCAGCGUCAGGUCCAGGCUACGUUUAUCGCUCGCCAACGAAUUGCGGCCCAACAGGCCACACAGUCGCCCCAGCGAUCCCCGACUUCGCCUGCUCCUCCGUCUACCGCAACGCCGUAUCACCCGUCAUUGUUAGGCAGCGGGGGUUCUACAACACCGACGACCCCUACACAGCCGGCACAACAACCUCCGGCACCGGCGCCGCAGCCCCAACCGCAACCACAGGCGCAAGCGCGACCCCCGCCUCCUCCGCAGCCCGCUGCUCCGGCCCCGCCUCCGGCUAGGCAGCGUCCAGCCACCAGCCAGUCGAAGUCGAAGCAACAGAGCAACCUUCGCACCGUUUCAUUCGUUCCUCAGGACGAACCUGAGACAGGUGCCGACAGGUCCCGCCGCCGCGAAGAGGGCUUCCGAGGCUCCAUGCGCGGUGAGAUUGCGACGCUGAUGUAUGCCGCGGGAGAUGUGAAAGAGCCAGACGUCGAUUCUGUCGACUUCGUCGAGGACAUGGUUGUCGAGUUCUUGGCUGAUCUCUGUCGACCUGUUCCUCCCAUUCGUCCCACUGCGAAUGCGACCCACACCGCCGUCCCUCUCUCGGCCGACACUCUUCGCCAUCGUCUGGCUUCCCAGCCGUACCUCCGCAAAUACCUGGAGCGUUGGGACGACAUGACCUACAUGUGGCAGGAACUGCAGGCCUCGAGACGUGUUGCUCAGCCCAACCACCAGGAUCUUAUUGCCGACCUUGGUAAGCAGUUCCUCGGUCUGGAUGAGCAGGACGGACCAGCCGCGAAGCGUCGCGCGCUCGAGGGCGCAGACGGCGAGCCGAAGCGCCGCGGUCGUCCUCCCAAGAACCCCGAGGAGCGUAAGAAGCCCGGACCCAAGAAAGGCUGGAAGAAGAACCUUGACCCGAAUGCGCCCCCAAAGAAGCGCAACGCCAGGGCGAACUACAAGAAGAGAGACAGAGCUAGUGCCUCUAUUGCUCCGCCCAGCCCGAGCAAGGCCUCGACUCCGGCACCCUAG